AAAAGUGGCCGAACGCAAAAAAGUUGUUGGGUCCUGCGAGCCGGAGGCCGAGUUUUGAGGGUCACCUGAAGACAUGCGCUUUCAACCUAAACAAUUAGAAAAAUGUCGUUUGCAACCACAAGCACACGCUCCCUCUCAAGACCUGCUAGCUUCUCUUUGAGGACAAAUGCAUACUUCAAAUCGAGCCGGGCUCUCCGUUCAAGGCUUUUACACACGGCAGGCCACGAAGCACCUGUCAUUGCCACAGCGCGUCCCGGCUAUGCCGCGUUCCGUCGCAAAUGUGCGGGUGAAUCAUGGAAUAAUGUGUUCAAAAGAUGGGCAACUUCCACUACACUGCAUUCGACAGCAUCAGAUCCUGCAGAGAUGGAAGCCAUGCAAUGUCUGGAACAAGGGACCCAGAAACUAGAGGAGGGUGAUAUUCAAGGCGCCAAAGAACUUUACAAACGUAGCGUCGAAAUCAAGCGUAAUGCUAGCUCUCUCUUCAACUUGGGCGUUACGCAUUAUCACCUCAAGGAGUUUGACAACGCUAUUGCCGCUUGGAAAGAGUCAAUAACACUGCAACCCGCUAGUGCCGAUGCUCACACAAACCUCGCAAGCGCAUACAUAAUAUCCCCUGUUGCACGCCCUGACCUUGCUUUGCAUCAUCUCCACAUUGCGGCAUCCCUCUCACCGGAAGACCCUGAGAUUGCCUUCAAUCUCGCCGCAGUUUUGGAAGCCACUGGGCAGCUCGAAGAGGCUCUGAAGCAGUAUAAACGAGCCAAAGAAUACGGCGUCGAGCGUGCCGCAAUGCAUAUUCGGAACGUGAGCGCAAAGAUCCUAGGAAAGACCAUAAAAAACGCGGAAAACACGGACAGCUCAGCAAAAAAAUCUGAUUCAUGAUGCCGAUUCUCGCGCGGGUGCGGGUUUUGUCACAUCAGAAAGGUUGUCUUCGGUCACUUGAAAAUUUCAGACUGGGCCAUGUGCGGGGGUGCUUGUCUCGUCAUUUAGUCUCGCUUUAGACAACAUCAAUAUUGCCAAGGCACCUGGCACUGGACU